CAUAAUAGCAGCAAAGCAAACGGACGUGUUUUAUUUUAAACAACGGAAGACGUAUUUUUUCUUUAAGUUUUAUUGAGUUUUUUGUUUGGCUUAAUGUUUCAAAUCAAAAGCAGCUGUAAAAUAAAACGUUAACGGUGAAGAAAACUAAAAAAAAAAAAUAGCAGAAAAUAUUGCAACAAUUUAAAGAUAAUUUUAUAUAAAUGUGUUAAAUAGCAGUAGUGCAUUUUAUUAAUAUAAAUAUACAAAAAAUAUAAACAAAAUAUAUAAACACUUAACUGGAAGUUAAUAUACAAAUCGUGCAAGUUGGAGAGUUUUUGGCCAAAAUUUCUUUAGCAGCAGCAGCAGUAGCAACAAUAACAAAAAACCCGGUUUGCUUUUCUUGGUUUAUUUGUUUGCUCAACAAAUUUACUCUCUACUACUUUUGCUGGUUGGCUGUCUAACUAACUGACUGACUGGCUGGCUGGCUUGUUUGCGGGCCGAGUGAGUGACUGGUUGGUGUUGCCUACUAAGAGUACUGCUAAGCCAUGGUCGUCUUGUGCUCCAUGCUAAAGUGAAAGUUGGUGUUAAGCAUAAAUUCGAAGUCCGUUAUCUUUUUGAAGACAAGAAUUUUUUACAAACUUGGUCAACACUUAAACAUUUCGUAUUGUAACGUCCAAGCGAGCGGACGUCUCUCAAAACAUAUACAGCACCAAAAAACAAACGGUUGUCUAAGACAAACUCACACACACACACACACACCCAAAUACACGGGUACACCAGAAAUAGACGACAAACGAUUUUAACACUUUUUCGUACUUUCUUGGCCACAACAGAAGACGAAGAAGAAAACGUAAAAGACAAAACCCAGUAACAGGUGUAUGUAAAUUGAAACAGCACGACGAUUUCAUAUUUAAGGUGGUUUUCAGACAUUCUACACCACUUUAGUCGUACGCUGAGCCACUUACUCCACUUUGAGUUGAAUUGCAUCUUUACGAAUUGAAUUUCGUUGCAAACAACUAUUUAACGCUCUACACAAUUUUAAAUUCUAAUUAAAAUUGUGCGUGUUUAGUUAAAAAGAUAAAAGUUAAAUAGAUUUUUCUUAAGUGGGCUUUUUAUUAUUAUUUUUUAUUUAAUUUGAAAACAAAUUAUUUAAUUAAGCAACAACAACAAAAAACAAAUAAUAGUGUUUUUAAACGCGAGUGUUCUUUUUAAAACCAAAGACUGAAAAAAAGCUGAAUUUGUUUGUAAAGUCUAAAAAUAUAAAUUUAAAAAAUACAACAACAACGACUUGCAACUACUUUUAUAAGAAAAUAUAAAACAAAAUAAAGUGGAAAAAUUGUUUGUGUAAGAAAAAUAAUAGAAAAUAUAGAAAAAAAAUAAAAUCAAAUCAAAUAACUAACAACAAACGAUGAAAAGAAAACUAAUUAUAAUUUUUUGUUAAAGAAUUUCUCUCUAGCAUUAAAAUUGCAAUGCAACAACCAAGUCAGCAAAGACAACAACAACCACAACAAAACAAUAAUUGUGCGUAAAGCAUAAAAGCGGAAUAAAUAAAGUUAAAAUAAAAAAAAUAAAAAUAAAAUAGAAACAUAGAAUAAAAAAACACAAAUAAUAAUAAAAAUAAAAAAACAAGUUUGUUGCUUAAGUCUUUCGUUUUAACCACCACAACAAAAAACAAACGCAAACAAUAAAACAACAGUUUAGAACAAAACGGUUCAUUUGCAAAUUCAUUCAUUAAUGACAACAACUAAAUUUAUAAACUAUUUAUUAUCAUAAAAAAAAAACAAAGACUUUACAUAACAUUUUAUCACAUUAUGACUGUAAGCUUAAACAAACGAUCGCUGAACCAGCGAUCGCCUAUCACAACUACAAGCUCAACAUCAAGAUCAUUUGCCAUACAAUGGGGUCAACUUAUUGUAACCACUUUAGUUAUAAUUGCCGCUUUAAUAAAUCUAACACAUGGAUUUAAAACCAUUAAUGGUGAAAGUCGCAAAUUAUUUGGUGGUUAUCGCAUAACACCCAAACAUUGUCGAGCCACCAAAACUCUGCCUAGUUCAGAUCCUAGAGCCAAUGGUCCCACGAUAUGUAUGUUUAAUCAUGAGUGUGCUCAGCGUAAUGGUGAGGUAGUAGGUGCCUGUAUGGAUGGUUUCCUUUUCGGAGCCUGUUGCCAAGUGCCCAAUAAUCAGCAGCCGGAAAAUACUCUCAUAAAUGAUGCCCAAAAUUCCUAUUAUCAUCAAUAUCAAAAUCAGAAAUUACAACAACAGGAAACCGAAACUAAUAAAAUUGUUUCGCAGGCCUAUGAAACAUUUGCGGAGAACUCGGCCCAACAACAAUCGUUGGAGAAUAGUCAGUCUCAAGAUUCUGGUUAUGGUGGUAUGUUAAGUAAUCUCUAUAAUGUGGAUCGUGUUGAUCCACAACCUCAAGAUACUUCCGAACAGAUUAAUACCAGCAGCAGUACCUAUGGUUCUACGGAAAGUGUUGUUUCUAGUUCGAGUGUGGAAUAUGAUGCUAUUACUCAAGCCAGUACUGAAUCACAAACAAAUUCACCACGUGAACCUCCUAAAACUAAUACAAAUAAACCCAAGGAUUCCGUUAAGGUAACACCAACCGCCCAAUCACCUCAAAAUGAUGAUUUUGUUUUACAACUUUUGAAUACUCCGCCACCAAAUGAGGAUGAAAAUGUUAUGAGUUUUACUACUGAAAUACCCACCAGGAUUAAUAGUGUUCUAAAUGAACAAAGCAGUUCUGAAUCCAAUUCCUUUGAGGAAGAGCCAGCGGCUGCUACAAAUAAACCUUUAGUUAAAAAACCCGAAAAUCAACAACAUCAAACACAAUCAGCCCAACAGACCUCUGUUAAACAACAGCAGCAACAUCAUAGCGCAUCGGUUCAAAAUCAUCUUGCAGAUUCCGAUGUACAACAGGCAGAAUCUGUUAUACAUUCCCACCAUACAGAAGCUAUACAGCAUGAUCACGACCAACUGUUUGGUGGUGUUACCUUUACACACAGUGACAUCACUCACCCCGGAGCAGAUGCUGAUCUUAUAGAAGAUGAUUUACAAUUUUCUACCGGUUAUGGUCCUCAACCAGUAUUUGUGCCAGCUCCUCCUAAACCCAUUCAAGCAUAUGAUCAAGAAGCUGAUAAACAUACUUCCAAUUUAUUCGAUGCCACUACAUCCUCCUCAUCCAUAACCACACAUGUAGAUUCCAUAGAAACUAUUAUACAGCAAUUGAAUAAUAACAACAACAACAAUCCCGGACCCACCUACAAUGUCAUCAAUCAUGAUGAACAGCAGCAACAUCAUCAUCAGUCUUCUUCAUACGAUAAUGGUCUAGUGACUGCUACCAAGAGGCCUGUUUCAUCAUAUGAUGAACAGGACAAUACCAAACAGACCUCUUUACCUUCAUUAUCUUACAAUGAAAUAGAGCAUAAUGAUAAGCAAACACCGGCCAAUCUCUAUGAUCAAAUCUCUUCUUCCACUUCGCUCUCCACAUCAUCAUCAUCGGCAGGCGAAUCCACAACCUCGAAUGCUGGUUAUGCUGAUGAGUUUGUUUUGGAAGAUCAUACCAUGCCCGAAGUUAACUACAAUGAUUAUCAAGCUUCCAAGCAUCCCACAUCCGAUUUCAAUAAAAUGCCCGCUAUAGGUAUUGCUUAUCCAGUAGAUAUGUCUUACAUGGAGGAGGGAGGCAAUUUUGAAACUGACGAAGCUUCCUAUACCAAUAAUGGUAAUAAACACAAGCAUCCGGUACAACAGGAUACCCAAACUUCUUAUGUGGAUACUAAACAACAGCAACAACAACAGCAAAAUACUCAAACUUCAUACUUAAAUACUGUGCAACAUAAUAAACCUCAAAAGCAACAACAACAGCAGCAAAAUGUUCAGAAUUCAUAUUUGAAUCAGCAACAUCAACAACAACCAAAUAUCCAAGCUUCAUAUUCCUCUCAAAAUGAUGCCGAAAAACUUAACGAACCUCAAACUGUACAAAAUUAUGUUGCUGAAACUCAUCAAAGACCUAUUGCUACUUAUGUAGGUGUUGUAACUUCUCAAAGUUAUAGUCCCGAUCCAUUACCUCAUGAAGUAGUCGUAUCUUCUUACACCACCAAAGUAGAGGAAAAUGCUGAAGUUUCCACAGAAUAUAAACCCAUUAUUACAACCAAUCAGAUAACCACUACUUCUUAUAAAACUACCACUAAACCCGUAAAACACACCGCCAGUUCUACAUCUUACACCAAUCGACCAACUCUAGUAACCAAGAGACCAACGAACAAAAAACCCACUAAGGCCAGCAGUCAGCGUCCCACAACUCAUUCUCAUGCCACCACAAACAGUAUUAUAACUCAACAACAUUUCUCCACUACUCCUUUGGAAACUAAGACUCCUUCGCCCAUUGAACCUUUGUACUCUAAGCCUACCGUGUCCUAUAAUCAGGGCAUACAACAAGAUUAUAUUAUUAGCUCUGCUUCCACACCCAAACCUAUUGUUACACGUAAACCUACCAAAAAGCAAACUUCGAAACCUGCCUCGACUAGUUAUAUAACGGCACCUACCACUCCCAGACCAGUAGUUACUCCACAGUUCCAAUACGAUCAGGAAGUACCUGUCAUACAAGCCGAUGAUAAAUUGGACUCUUUUGUCCACAGUACUGCCGAAAGUUUGGCUUCAGCCACUCCUACACAAGAGACUUUGUCCUAUGAUCCACCCAUAUUUGUUAGUGCCGGUUCGCAAGUUCAUAGUCAAAGACCUCAAUACAACACACACAAAAAACCCACUUUUGUCAAGGUACAACCCACUCAAAGACCAACUACGGUGCUUAUAACUGGUAAACCUUCCAGUUUGCAAACUACUGCCAGCACUUUUACCACAGGACAGCAUACAACUCCUUUGACUGGUUAUGGCAGCACUUCCUUUGUCUACAACUCUUUGGUAACCAGAAGACCAGAUUUUGCUGAUAGCACUGCUGCUGGUGAUUAUAUGGGCAUUAGUACGGUUAAUUCCAAUGACUUCGAUGACCCAGGUUACUAUGGUUCUGUCGCCCAUCCUAAGCCUGCUAAUCAAGCUUACCCCACCGGUACCACAGAAGCUGUUUAUCCUGCGCCCACAGACGAUAAGCCAGCCUUCCCUGGUUACUAUGGACCCACUCCUACUUAUCCUGCUUUCCCAGUGCCUGGAGAAAAAUUAGACUCUCCCAUUGAAGAAGAAAUCUUUACUGCUCCCAGCAACGAUUUCAUUAACUUCCCGCCAGUGCGUAAUCCCAAUCUUAAUAUGUCGGCCACUUCAAGCGCAGUCACCAGUGAUUUGGAACUUUCGACACCGGCCUUUGUGGAAGACAGUGUAUUGAAAAAUAAAAUGAACACUUUAGUACACAAAAUAGUGGAAUCUUUACAAGGCAACUUUGAGGCUUUGGCAGAUAUGAUAGAUGAUAAUAACACCUUGGCUGUACAAACCUAUCAAGCGGCUCCCGUAGGCUCCACAGUAGUAACCAAGAAACCUACACGUAAGCCGGUAACAAGAAUCACUACAGUUAAACCUAAAGUCACCACUAAAAAGCCCAUAACUAGAGUUUCGACUAAGGCUCCCACCAAGAAACCCCUUACCACCAGAAAACCCGAAAUAACCACCAAACGUCCAGUGGUAAGACGUACCACCACCACCACCCGAAGACCAGCUACCAAGAAACCAACACGCAAAGCAACUACUACCACUAAAGCCCCUCUAGAGGAUGAAAUUGUCGAUGAAGAAGACGAGGAAGAUGUUAAUCCCAGUGACAACGAAAUCGUGGAAGAAGAGGGCUAUGGCGCUAGUGCUAGCGGUCGUAAAAUACUACAACUGCUUAGUCAUCUAGUUGCCAUACUGUAGUUUAAAACUCUCCCUCUCCCCCCUCCAAAUGUCCUAACUCUAGUCCUCUGUUCUACCCUAUCACUUUCCACUUCCCUUCCUUUACACUUUUAAAAUCACAUCUUUGUUCUUACUGUACUACUUUCCCUUUCUCCUAACCUAAACAUUUCACUCCACAUCAACAGAAUGCGGUAUGAGACCUCACGUCAAGUCGGGACGUAUAGUUGGUGGCAAGGGAGCCACUUUCGGCGCUUAUCCCUGGCAAGUAUUAGUACGAGAAUCCACCUGGUUGGGUCUAUUUACAAAGAACA